AUGAGUUCCACUCUCAGAGCGCUUCGUAACCUCUGGCCAAACUCGACGCAGGAUCAACCCCAUCAGCAACAAGAGCAGCAAAAAGCAGCAACAGAGAGAGAUCCCAGCAACACCAAACCCAGGCCCUCCCCGUCACCAUCUUCGCAAGAGGGCCAGAAGCUCGCCCGAGCCCGAGCGGCAGUGCGAGACGGUCCCCGCGACAGCUGCCACACCACCCUCCGCAGCAAAGCCCGCACUCCGCAGGGCUUCUCCGAGACGCGCGUGUGGAUGCUGAGCCGCAGCCUGUCGACGCGGCGGCGCGCCGAGGCCCAGCUGCGGCUGCGCAGGGACGAGGCCGAGUCGCGCCUGCUGGCCGACAGGAGGAGCUGGCCGUCGCUCGCAAGCCUCGUCCGCUUCGGCCUGCGAGGCGCGGACCGCCACUGUCAUGCCGCUGCCGUCCCUGCCGCGCGCGUCCCCAGGAUACCCUCUUUCCAGUGGGCCGGGGAUGGCGGCUUCUGCGCCGCGGUGGUGGAUGGGAUGAGCCUGUGUGAUAUGCUGCUCCCCGCGCCGGAAGAUGACGACGACGAGGUCGAGAGCUAUUUCCUUUCCCAGGGCGGUCCUCCCCGGGGCCACAAACCCCCGCGACUGUCCAAGCCGCUCCCUCCUCCUCCUCCUCCCCGCUCGGUCCCAACAGCACCAUCCAGCAUCGCGACGCCGCCGGGCCAACUCGACGCCAUCGUGCCUUCGACCGCCGCCCAGCACCUGGCAGCGUACCUCUCGCUCCCGGCGCGCCUCGCGCCGCAGGACGUCGUCGAGCAUGUGCUGGGGCGUCCGAAACUCCGCGCGGCGGUCUCGCGCCUCCGCGCCGCCGACGCGGACCUGUUCAACAGCAUGCCAUGGGCCGAGAUAGUCGGCGGCGUCUGGGACGACAACGAACACCACGUCCAAAGUCGCAGUGCAGAGCACACCGACGGCGGCAGGGAGGCUCCGUGCUGUCCCGAGACGCGGCAGGCCUGGGCGAGGUUGCACGCGCGCAACGCGGCCAACAAGCACCGGCGGCAGCGCUGGGAAGUCGUCGUCGUGGCCGGCAGCGGCGCAGAUCAGGACCUGUUCCCGCUGGAGAGGCGGCGCGACCAGAAGAGGCGGCUCGCGGCGCUCUCCAAGGCGUGGCAGAGGGGUUCGCCGCGCGUGACGGGACCCGCGGCGCUGUACCGCGUGCACGACAACGUCGGCUGCGCAUCGUCGUCUUUCGCAGCACCCGGGCGAGAGGAGCUCGUUGACGACGUGCUGAGCUGGACCCGGCCCGGGAGGUCUAAGCUGCGCGAGGUUGUCGUGGUUGCGUGA